GGCCGCUGCCAAAGGGGAAGUGAGCUGGGGCUGGAGCGAUGGCCCGGGUCUGCAGCCUGCGGCCGCCGCCGCCGCCACCGCCUGCGCGUCCAGAGCAGCCGCGGCCGGAGCAGGGGCCGGAGGUGCGGCUGGGCUGGCCGCGGCGUGUGUGAGUUGCGGAAGUCGCCGGCGGGGGAACACCGCACCCUCGGAGCACUCCAGGCUGGCCGAGCGGUGGUCUCCCCUCAACACCGCGCCCCUCAAGGCCCGGCAGCAGGGCUGGAGUUUACCCAGGCUCCGGCUCCUCUUUCGCCGGUCUUUCAAACUCAGGACAGAAGUCACAGAAAGGUGAUCAUCCCUAAUCCCAGCCGGCUUCCUGGCCUGGGAGUUUUUUAGGCGCCCAGGCAGUGGCAGUGUCCUCCUGUCGCCACCUCUCCAGCCACGGAUUAGCGAGUACCCACUGCCUGCUCUGCAAAGUCUUCUGUCCUCCCAUUCGAGAACAAGUUUAUUUUCUCUCUGCCUUGGAAAUCUUGUCCCAGAGAGCCAGAGUACCUUAGUUUUGUGUAUCUUUUCUCAGCUUCUGGAGUACUCCUAGAAAUACUGGCUGCCUACAGGGCUAAGAGUCUUGUUCUUGACUCAGCGGGUUGUUUUAUUUUCCUUUCGUCAGGAAUUUAUCCGUUUGACCACCAGUUCCUUGGCCAUCUCUAUGUAACUUCCCCCCUCCCCCCCCCCCAAUUCAUCACUGUCCAGUUUCUUCUGGGCUCCAUUCUCCAGACCCCAGUAGAUCUGGUCAGUCCCACCUCUGGGUGGGAGUGAUCAGGGGGCUCUGGCCCAAGAUUUCCAACCCUGGAAGGCAGUUCCAAGGCAGCGAGAGAGUUGGGCGUCGGGUACGAACCUGGCAGCUCAGGAGUGGGCGCUCCACUCACCCCGCACAAAAAGAUGAAAAAACGCAAAGAGCUCAAUGCGCUGAUCGGCCUGGCUGGUGACAGUCGGAGAAAGAAGCCCAAGAAAGGCCCAAGCAGCCACCGCCUGCUUCGCACGGAACCCCCUGACUCAGAGUCGGAGACCAGCUCGGAGGAAGAAGAGGAGUUCGGAGCGAUUGGAAAUCGCUCGCGUUUUGUCAAGGGAGACUACUUACGAUGCUGCAAGAUCUGCUAUCCCCUCUGUGCUUUUGUCAUCCUCGCGGCCUGUGUUGUGGCCUGUGUCGGCUUGGUGUGGAUGCAGGUGGCUCUCAAGGAGGAUCUGGAUGCCCUCAAGGAAAAAUUUAGAACAAUGGAAUCUAAUCAGAAAAGCUCAUUCCAGGAAAUCCCCAAACUUAAUGAGGAACUUCUCAGCAAACAAAAACAACUUGAGAAGAUUGAAUCUGGGGAGCUGGGCUUGAGCAGAGUCUGGAUCAACAUCACAGAAAUGAACAAACAGAUUUCUCUGUUGAGUUCUGCGGUAAACCACCUGAAAGCCAAUGUCAAGUCGGCUGCAGACUUACUUAGCCUGCCUAGCACUGUAGAGGGACUUCAGAAGAGCGUAGCUUCCAUUGGCAAUACUUUAAACAGUGUCCAUCUGGCUGUGGAGGCGAUACAGAAAACUGUGGAUGAACACAAGAAAACCUUGGAAUCACUGCAGAGCAGUAUGGAGACUAAUGGAAGCAACCAAAUCAUGCCAUCAUCUUCAGCUACAUCAGAACUUGACAAUAAAACCCACAGUGAAAGUUCAAAACAGGAUAUCCUGUACCUUCAAAACUCCUUAGAAGAGAUCAACAGUACUGUAGUGGGACACCAGAGACAGAGUGACCUUAAAUUCGAGGGGAUGAACGAGACACUCAGUAGCCUGACACAGAGACUCAGCCUGGUAGAAAGUGAUGUGGUUGCACUGAGCAAGGCAGAAAAAAGAGCAAACCUGACCUCCAGUAUGAAAGAAGAUAAUUCAAAUUCUCAGGUGUCCAAGCUGCGAGAAAAACUGCAGCUGAUCAGUGCUCUCACAAACAAACCUGGAAGCAACAGGCCUCCAGAGACCGCAGAGGAAGAGCAAGUACAGAACUUCACAUCAGAUCCAUCAACGCUGCCAAAAUUUUCACACGUUCUUGGAGAUCAAAUUGAGACCCAGCUAAAACCUAUCUCCCUACCAGGGAUUUCUAGCAUCAAAGACCUUCAGGAUUUAUUCCACAAGGCUGGUCAAGAUACGGUGGAUGGGAUGUUGACCUAUCAAGAAAUCUGGAAUUCCCUAGGUUCUGGCAUGCCAAGACCAGAGAGCUUGAGAGCCUUUGAUUCCAAUGGAGAUGGGAGAUACUCCUUCCAAGAGCUAAGAGCAGCUUUAGGUAUCUAGUAUUGACAGACAUAUUUUGAAAUGGAUGUGUACCCUGGACUACCUAAAAUCUACUUACCUAAAAGAAAAAACCUCUUGACUUAUCCAUCAGCCUUCCAGCCCUUCACACUAUUGUAGCAGACACAUUGCCACCUUUUAACUUGUUUGAAAAUGCUAUUUAAAAAAGUUAUUUUUUUAAAAAAAUUUACUUAUGAUGUUUGGAAAUCUAUGAUUUCCUGAAGCCAGAAAUAUCUUGUAACUUAAAAGUUGCCAGGAGAAAAAUAAUAAAGCCCUCUAUCUCUUUCCUGUUUUUGAGGGGAAGAGACUUUAUCUUUUAAAGUUGGAAAGUGUAUAUAUAGAGAUAAUAAGUCACUGUUUAUAUUUCAUAUGAAUCUGCCUUAAAUUAGCUGCACUUUAUGGAGCCUCAGAAUAUGUCUUUUCUUUGAAAGAUGAGUCUUUUCUGUUUAUAAAUACACAAAAUGAAAGAUUGUGCAUAUUGUAUAGAGAGUCGGAAGAAGGGCUUUGAACCGGAUGAACAAUGAUUUGUGUGUGAUUGACAGUCUGCUCUGGGUGGUGGCUGAAACUGUUCACAUCUCUUUCAGGUAACCCUCAAAGGCCUUGGUGCCAACAUCGGGUUUGUUUGGUCAGGGAGCUGGGGCAUCAGUUCACUGAGUGGAAGCUGUGCAGAGGAUGCCAGCUUCAGGUGCAGGAAAAUCAGAUUCUAGGUCAUUGCUCCUAUUCCUAACAUAAAAACCAGAGAAGUCUUGUUGAGAUUUCCCUCAUUUUUAAUUAUCUCUCAAGGUUUAUGAGCAUAAAGGUUAUUCGGUGGGGAAUUAUGUUUUCCCCUCAAGCAAGCUAGAUUUUGUCUUCUCUACCAACACACUCAAGACUACCUUAAAGUUGUAACUGCCUACCUGUGGCACCAUCUCCAGUCUGGAAGGCAAAGGCUCAUGUCCUUGGUCACUAUAUCAAAUUAGUUGUCCAGAGCAUUAGAGAACAGCUCUGAGUUUUGACUCGGGAAACAACACCCUCUGGAAUUUUACCUCUGAGCUACCCAAGAACUUGCUUUAUUUCUUGGCAGGACACUGAAAGGCAAAUGCAGUCCAAUGAAAUGUGAAAUCCCAUGUUCUGCUCACGGUUGUCCACUCAGAAGCAGCUGUAGGUUUUCUGUCCAGAGGAUGCCUCAGUGCCAAGCAGGCUUGGAGCAGGGGCCUCCUGGUGAUGUUGGCAGUUUUUCCAGAUCUAAAAAACAAGUACAAUGCUUCCUCCUUUGCAUACUUUGUGGGCAAGUCACGACAGGUCUGACUAGAAGGUCACCAAUGUCACUAUAUGUUGAGAGCACUUCCAGUGUUGUUCUUAGGUGUCUCUCGGCACCAUGAGAGGAAGACCACACAGAACCUCGCUUCACCGCAGCCAGUCAGGGAAACACUAGAGAAGCUGCAGUACUGCAGGCUUCUUUAGUACUGAUCAUUCCUGUGUAAUUGUGUUCCAGUUGCCCUGUCAGCUGUGGAUAGUCUAGUACCCUUAAACCUUUAAAGAUGUUUGAGUUUGGUUUGGUCUGGUUUUGUAUUUUAUUUCCUUUACAUGCUAUUCAUCUUGGUGUUGGCUUCUUUUCCCUAGACAUAUUAAAACUCAGUGAAGGCAAGA